AUGAAAGUAAUACCCUUGCUCCGGACUCAAAUAUUUAAGAGCACUCACCUGAUUGCAUUGGUCUGUCUUUCGAGCAGGACUAGGAUUCGCCUAAAGCUAAUUUAUUUGCGAAGCACCUCAGUCUCUCUCGUGGCUUCUGGUUUAAUGUUUUCCAUCAACGAUAUCCUCUCCUGUAGAGUGACAAACUCGGUCUCCGGCGAAGACGAGGCCGCGAGGUCGUCCCAGUUUGCCUCAACCGCCGUGAGCUAUCAAGCCUGCCAUGUCGCACCCGCAACAACCGCUAGGCCCAUCGCGCCAACCUACCAACUACUCGACCCAGGCGCCUUAUCCUCAGAGCAUGACAGCUUCUCCCUACGGUUACGCCCCGACGAACCAGCCAGGCGACAUGUACCGCACAACGUCGAGCCUCGAUCCAGCGCAUCACCUACCUAG